AUGUCUUCCUCUCCAGAAUACGUCUUCACCCGCGACUACUUGGACAACAACCGCAUCAACCUGCAGCACUAUUUGGUCGUCCAACUUUUUGGAUACCGCAUCCACCCGUCGAUCCCCGUCAAGGAUGUGAGCAACCUACGGAUUGCAGAUGUUGGAACUGGUACUGGAAUCUGGCUUACUGAUUUGGCCGACGAAUUCCCUGCAACUGUCCAACUGGAUGGACUUGACAUCUCCUUCGAUGCUGCUCCUCCACGCGACUGGCUCCCACCCAACAUGAGCCUUCACCAUUGGGAUAUUAAGGCCGAAGUCCCUGAGCACCUGGUUGGUGUCUAUGACGUGGUUAAUGUUCGCCAUUUCGUCUUUGUUCUCCAACAGUCUGACUUGAAGGGUGUCCUCGACAAUCUAUUCAAACUUCUCAAGCCCGGAGGGUAUCUUCAGUGGACUGAUUUCGACAUGUCCUCACUUCGUGUCGAGAAGAUCAAUCCAGACAUCAAGGUGGACGCGCAGGUCAAGUUAAUGGAACUUUUUCAGGCCAACGAUACCCGUCUUCGUUCCGCGUGGGGUGCCAGUCUGCCCUCGCUUUUUGCACAGAGCGGGUUCACCAAUGUCGAAUCGGAUGUGAAGGAUGCACCACCCCAUUUGGCAGUUGCACUGCAUGAGUGUGGGCUGUUGGCCACGGAGGUCUUAGCCCGAAACAAAGCAGGUGGGAACGAGCAGAUGGUGCAGCAACUUAGACAAACCUUGGCGGAGGCUGCAAAGGAGACUCGGGAGGGAUCUGUUUUGGUUUUUACUAGACUCACUGUUGUUGGUCAGAAGCCGAGCCAGUAG